UUAUAAUAAUAUUGUAUUAUUAUUAUUAGUAUAAUUAACUAACCAUGCAGAAAAUAGUGCUCGUUAUUGUGGCCAUGGUCGGUUUGGCUGCGGGCCGUAACAUCAAUUGGAACGGUCUUAACUUAAUCAAGGGGUUUGAAGGUUACCGUGCCAACUAUUACCUGGAUCAAAUUGGCCAAAAAACUAUUGGCUAUGGACAUUGUUGCGUGUACCAUCCCUGCGACCAACUGCGCCCGCCCCUAUCUGAGGCACAGGCCACCCAGCUCCUUCAGGCUGACCUUGGUGAAUUCCAGAACUGCGUGGAGAACUCUUUCCCUGGUAAACUCAGUGACAACCAAUUUGCUGCCGCCACGUCAUUCGCGUUCAACAUGGGUUGCGGCGCGUGGACCGGUUCGCACAUACUGUCUAACCUCCGGGCCAACAACUGGGCCGCAGCCGCCAAUGCCUUCAAUGAGUACACAUGGAUGGGCGGCCACCAGAUCGCCGGCUUAGUUGUCCGCCGCCAAAAGGAGGCUCAACUGUUCCGCUCGUAAACAGAAUAAGACCAUG